CUCUACGUUACCAUGAAAGAGUUCUAAACUUGGCAAAACUUCUCAGAAUUAAAUAAACCUUUUGUGACCCUCAGCUCUGUGAAUUUCGCUGGAGAGGAGCUGAUAUUUAACAGGUGAAUUAUUAAUGUUGUAAACUGAUUUUGCUUGGAAGAUGGAGAUGAUUUACCAGCCCUAUAUCGAUCCAGAAUUUGAAUCCCUCAUGGAAAGAAUCUACCCUCCCAGAGUUUGUUUAGACAAUGACGCAUGCCAAGGCUGCACGCUUGUUAAGGUUGACAGUGCAAACAAGCACGGGAUUCUGCUGGAAAUGGUCCAAGUCUUGACAGAUCUUGACCUCGUUAUACCCAAAUCGUACAUUUCCUCAGACGGUGGAUGGUUCAUGGACGUGUUCCACGUUACGGACCAGGCCGGUAACAAGCUCACUGACGAAAGCCUCAUGCUUUACAUCCAACAGGCACUGUGCCCGAGCAAAUCGAAGGAGAUACAAAAAACACGUAUGGGAAGAGAGCUGAGAUCCCGCCACGUGUCAACUGAGAACACAGUCCUAGAGAUGACUGGGACGGACCGACCGGGCCUAAUGUCUGAGAUGUCAGCGGUGCUCCUUGAGCUGGGCUGCACCGUCACCUCCGCCGUGGCAUGGACCCACAACACCCGAGUGGCCUGCAUAAUCCAAGUGGAGGAUGCGUUCAAAGGUGGGCCCAUAACAGAUCCUGUCCGGCUGGCCGACAUGGAGGCGCAGCUAGAGAACGUGGUGGAGGCCCAUCAUGUGAAUGGCGAGAGGAGGAGCGUUAGGCUCACCGUCCCAGUGGCGGGCCAGACCCAUACGGAGCGGCGGCUCCACCAGUUAAUGUAUGCGGAUAGGGAUUACGAACGGUGUCACGGCUGUGACGGUGGCGAUAAGCAUAAGAAGGGCCAUGAUGGGACUCGCGCCACGAUAGAGAGUUGCGAGGAGAAAGGGUACUCGGUGGUGAAUGUGAAGAGUAGAGACCGUCCCAAGCUACUUUUUGACACUCUCUGUGCUCUCACCGACAUGGAGUACGAGGUGUUUCAUGCAGUGGUUGCCUCCAAGGGCUCCAUGGCUGAUCAGGAGUAUUUUAUACGGCAUAAAGACGGUUGCACUUUGGAUACACAGAGCGAAAGGCACAAGCUGACACAAUGCUUGAUUGCUGCUGUAGAGAGAAGAGUUUCCCAUGGGCUGAGGUUAGAAAUCUGCACACACAACCGAAUGGGACUGCUCGCAGACAUGACACGGGUACUCCGCGAGAAUGGUCUAUCCAUAUCAAGGGUUGAGGUUGGGAUACAAGGUGAGAGAGCAGUUGGAUCAUUCUACAUUACAGAUGCCGCCGGGCAUGACGUGAAACCGGACAUAGUGGAAGUAGUGAAAAAAGAGACCGGUGGAUCCGUCAUUGCAGUUCAGAAGUCCCCGGCAUGGGGUCCUCAGGGUACCCCAUCGAGGACAGCCCGAAGCACCAACAGAAGCAUAGAGGACAGGCCAAGAUUGUCACUUGGAAGCUUGCUGUGGUCUCAAAUUGAGCGCCUCUCGGGCAAUUUCGGCCCCAUUAGAUCUUAGAGUUCCAAGCUCGAUCAGGAACCUUCUUCCAUGUUGUACACAUGGAUAUUUUGUAAAUAAGGUUAUGUACCAGAAGUCAGGAGUAGUUUCUCUCUUCCCAGCAAGAUGAUGCCCACUGUAAAUGAUAUACGCAGAUAGUGGCCACACGUACAGCAUCCACGCCCCACCCAACAAAUUAUUAAUGAAAUAUUUUUUUUU